AAUGUUACAGUGGUCUCUUCAUUUUAUUUAUGUUUAAAUGUUUGAAUUAAUUUAAUCUGACGCACUCUGUGAUCUGACUCUUCAUUUUAAGUGAGUGUUUUGCAGUGCAAAGUAUCCACAAAUCUCUCUGCAGUUUGACUUACAGACACUAAGGACUAAGGGUUGUUCAGCAGUGGUUGAAAUGAACUUGGAAAUGGUGCCAUCCUUUGGAAAUCUGGGGGAACUGAUGUGUGCAAGAGAGACUGCUGGUGCGCAACUGCACUGGCCUCACUGACGCAUGGGCAUGCUGCUGGUGGCAUUAUCUAUUACAUGGAAAAGACGAUAGGCUUUCAUGUUGCAGGGAAUGGCAUGCUGACAAUGUGUGCCAUUUCAUGACGGGCCUCUUCACUUUGCUCCUCAUAGUUCUCACGAAUGCACCACGGGAAACGCACGGGUUAUGGUGUACUAUAAAAACAUGAUACUUUAUUAAAAUGCCAGUCUGGGCCUCCGCCGUGCCGUUGAGCUGAAGGGGAGUCGGUGUCUUGCUCAAGGACACGUCAGCAGGGCGGAUGCUGGCCGACACUGAGGUCUUGAACCCUGAUUUUCGCGGCCGGGGCGCUGCGGGCACCCUGCUGGCUCUCUGCUCCAACUGAUGCGUCAUUUUAUGCCUAGAAAAACACAGAUUUACUGGGGGAAGUUCUUGAGCGGCGCAGCAGAAGAAGUGGGACCACAAGAGCCCUGUCAUUGCUCUCCGGUGACAAGUGGGCCUGUUUUUACACCUUCCUUCUAAAUAAGGAAGCGGCCUGACAGACAUAUGACCACCGACCCAAUUUGGGAGCAGCCCGAGUGCCCCAUCGCGUCCCACGGCCGCUCAACGCCACCAAUAAGCUUUCUCCCCUUCCAGUCCAGCAGUGACAGUAGGCUAUUCCCCUCAACUCUCUGCAGACUUGGUAUUUUUCCUGCUGUCAGCACCCUGUCUACCCUUGUAUUGUCCCAGCGGUGAAGUCAGCAUGAUGUCAUCUAGGGAUGCGAUAGCCCUGGCAAGGUUGAAACAGGGUUUUUGGUGAGUGGUAGAGGAUUUAUUCCGAACUCCUACCGAGAGGGAGACAGAGAGGGGGGAAGAGAGAGAGAAAGAGAGAGUGUGUGUGAGAGAGAGAGAGGCGCGGAGGAGCUGCAAAACAUGGUAAUCACCACCACCAACAUCACCAUCAUCACCAUCACCAUCACCUCCAGCUCUGCCGCGCACUCUCCCGUCUCCUCUCCUCCUCUGCACCGGGGCUUGCGUUUCAUGCCCAAAGCCCUGAUCUGCGCUCCAAAAAUAACCCUCAGCCAGCAUGCCGAAGGAAGCAAAACAAGAAGAGCGGUAUUUUUAGGGUCAUUAAUUUCGACCACGUGGCCCGAAGGUAAACCGGAUGGCCGUUGCGCAAAGGCUCCUCGUCAGUAUGUCCUGCGAGGCCGGCACGCCGCACUGGACGCUGACCGCGGUGGUUCUCCUGGGCUUUCUGCUGGGGAUCGUGUCAGCGUACCCUUUACCGAGCAGCAGGACAAAUGCAACUUUACUGGAGAAAAGAUGGGAGACCCUCUUCUCCCGCUCUGUACUGGGGAUCUCUGGGGAGAAACCGGAGCUGAACUGGGAGAGUGACUAUCUGCUGGGCAUCAAAAGAGUGCGGAGGCUCUACUGCAACGUGGGCAUCGGGUUUCACCUUCAGAUCCUCCCCGACGGCAGGAUAAACGGUGUACAUAAUGAAAACCAGUACAGUCUAAUAGAGAUCUCUACGGUGGAGAGAGGAGUGGUGAGCCUAUAUGGGGUGAAGAGUGAGUUGUUUGUCGCAAUGAACAGCCGUGGAAGGUUAUACGGAACGACAGUCUUCCAUGACGAGUGCAAGUUCAAGGAGAGCAUGCUCCCGAACAACUACAAUGCCUACGAGUCUCUGGUUUACAGAGGCUCCUACAUAGCACUCAGCAAGCAUGGCCGCGUGAAGAGGGGCAACAAGGCCACCACUGCCAUGACUGUAACGCACUUCCUACCCCGAAUAUGAUGAGCAAAAACUGGCAAUAACAAACUUAUUUGCACAUGUGGAUUAUUUCCCAGGUAACAUAAAUACCGUAUACGUACGUACAAACACAAAAGACAAAAAUGGACUGUAAAAGAAAGAAAUACCACUAUAUCUGAUAGUAUUUAUUCAAACUUUAUAUGUAUAUUUGGGUAGCUUCCUUUGUAUUAGAAAUUAUGGAAAUGCCAUUCUUUGCUGCUUUUAUGAUUUUCAUCAUUUUGUGAUAUGACGGGGAUGGAGAGGUGUCAUUUAUCCCCUCGGUUUAUAUGGGUGCUUGCUGGAAUUGGUUGACUCCUUGCCCUGUCAGUGGAAGACAGUUCAUCCUUUUGGAAAUUAAAUGGAUACGUUAUUACCUCAAAGCACCAUACCCUGAGAAGAAGAAGAAGAAGGAAAAGAGAAAUGUGUGCAUGAAAUUUCUACAGAGAAGAAUGCCUGUCUACUGAAAAUGUUUUCACCCAUCGAGGACUUGAGCAUUUCCCUUCCUCUAUGUUCGAUUGUCUCUGUCACUGUCAGGUCAACUUAGAGCACUUGCAAAUAUGGCGGUGGUUUUUCUUGCUUCGUCAUGAGGUGGCGGUGCCUUGAAUUCCUACUUGCGGCCCCCUUACCCUUGCAUGCGAGAAAUGUGGUGCUCAAGUCAGAAAUAGGAAUGAAACGCAAGUCAUCACUCCCUCAGACACCACCGGGGGGCUAUAGCCCAAUUCCUAGAGGGCCAGAGGUUUCUCCACUUUAUUUUCUUUCCAUAAUUAGAUCAAUUAAGUAAUUGAGACUCUAUGCUGCACAGGACCCAGUGGAGCCUCUUGUUAAUAUGGAAAGCUAGAUUUAGAGUCAGCACUCACACCCGCCCCCCUAUCAUGUCCAAGGGAGCUUUGACAAUCCCAGGUUUUACUUUCACAAAUUUUGUAGCCGGAUCAUCAGGCCAGAUUGAGUGUGCAAGUGUGUAGUAUAUGUGUGGGCAUGCAUUAAUUUCAAGUAUGUAUGUGGAACUGCUCGAUUUGAGAGCUGCUCAAUUUUAAAGGUUUUUUUCUCAUUGUGGGAGGUCAAGGGAGCGUCUGUGUAACGGAAUAUCAUAGACCUGACACUAUGAAGCAACAUGUCCUCAAUUUCUGUAUAUUCCCCCCUCAGUUAAAACUGAGUUGGUGAAAUCUGUUGCAUCUGGUCUGUAGCCUUGAUAUUUUGCUAAUUUAUUCGAUUUGUUUUUGAAAAUGUUGAUUUUAUAGCAAAAGUAUGGAAGCCAAGAACGGCCAUGCCUGCAAUUAUUUUUUUAAACGCCGUUAACUCAAGAUCAUGAGUUAAUUAUUUCCUUAUCUCAAGAUAACAGAGCUUGUUUUCUCUCAAUAACAGGUUGAUUUAUGUUGAUUCUCUAGAAAUAUUCACUAGAUAACGAUCUCAAGAAAACAAAUGUUGGUUUCUCGUAAGAAAUUAUCUUGUUAUCCUGACGUAUCGGCCUUUUGUUUUCUCGAGAAUCUACACACUUUAAAGAUAUACUAUGCAGGAAUUAUCAGUUACUGUUUGUCAACAGCAUCUCCAGUGAAACUAAAAGCUUACCCCAGAUCGCUGUCGUUUUGGAAUGAACUUUGAUGGCUUGGCGUUUCGUGUUGCUAUAUUUGCUUUUUUUUCUGGCGCUGUGUCCACGAUUUUCGUAGCUUCAUCUUAGACACAUGCUGCAUUUGAUCUGGCACCUGGUUCCUAUCCUUUUAUAUGGUCACCUGCGUGCUGUGCCCUGGAACAACCCAUACAUUGCAAAAUAAAAAUAAAAUAUGAUGAUACAGGCAGAGGGCAAGUCUCUGCAGAUGAAUACACCACCACACACUUCUCGUGGGUCAUAAGUGAUGAGUCUAUACAUUAUGUUUUAGGAAAAUCCUGCAUAGAAUACCUUUAAUCCAUAACCAUGAGAAAACAAGCUUUGUUAUCUCGUGAUAACGGCAUUAAAAAACAAAACUGCAAGCACGGACGUUUUCAGCUUCUGUACAAAUGUGACGAGGGGAGCUGUUUGACCUUCACAGAUUUGUUGUUGAUGAUAUUUGGCACUUAAAGUAACAUGUUUAUGCAGAAAUGAGUGAAGUUACAGUGGAUGUUCUUGACUUAUCAGUCCGCUGUAAUGAUGUUCAGCUGCAUUCAUUUAAAAAAGUGUAGAUACGGUAGUUUGGUUUCAAGAGAACUGCUUCAGAGUUCAUGAUCCUGGGAUAUGUGAACAAUACUUCAGGUUACUCAUUCUGUCUGACAUUUACAUGAUGUGGAUUGCGCUUAUUGAUCCCAGAUUUUUCAACUUAUUAUGCAUCAUUCAGAUUGAUCGCUGAGUCACAGUAUGACGUCUUGUGAAACAUGAGCAAUGUUGCAAAAAGCAGUGAACCAAAGGGUGAUAUUAGCGAUGUUCAUUCAGGCUUUGUGUACGCAGCACACCAUACUUGAAUUCAACAACUGCUCGCGCUCCUCUUUCAGAUACUGUAGUUUUCCAUUGUGGAGACAAAAGGGGGGAGGGUGAGGAGGACAAAGAGCGAGCGAAGAUGAAGAUAGCAAUGAUGUACAGAGGACUUAUAUGGGACUCUGCAUGUGGCACUGGUUGUUUGUUUAACUUGGCGAGGAUGUGAAUAAUGUAGGGUAAAAUACCUGAGCAUCAGACAAGUGGGCCCCCUCGUUUGUUGAUGUCAGACUGGACGGUCAGCGCAGGGCCCUGAGAUUCUUGUUCCAUUCAUCUGAGCCAUUUUUGUACCAAGGUCGAAGAUAUGGGCUUUCUGUCCUUUGUGCUAGUGAUGUAGGCGUGUUUUCUGCUCCAUCUCAACAACUUUCGUUCUUUUAUGGAGCGCUGCACCUGUUAUGCUAUUUCUUGCUCAACUCAAAAAUGGUCAUCUUGUAAUGUGCAAUGAAGAUAUGAAAGAUU